CUGUGUUGUAGGUAGACGUGUCUGUGAUGUGACUGAGUUUCAUCUUGUGCACAUUUUUUAUCUGUGGAAGUUUUUCUUGUUUGAAGUCACAGACGAGAGCAGCAGCUACUAUGAGUGUAACUGCAGCAGCCAGUGGAUUUGUUGUCCUUCUUCUCACUGUGACAGUGGUACAGUGUGAGAAUGGCUGGGAUGUGAGUUACAAUUCUACUGAGAUCUGUGCCGUCAGAGGAUCAACAGUGGACAUUACCUGUACCUACACGUACCCAUCCACAGUUAAUAACCUUAAUACUACAGUUCAGGAAACUUUCUGGUUCAUUAAAGAGAGUAAUGGGAUUCACGUUGAUCUAAGGACUGAUCCGGAGUAUUCAGGUCGUGUGGAGAAUCUCUGUGGAAACAACACGUGCACUCUGAGAAUCUCUAACCUGAGAGAGAGCGACUCAGCUGUGUACAAGUUCAGGUUCACAACAAACCAACCUACUGGGAGUUUAACUGGUUCGGCUGGAGUCACUCUGUCUGUCACUGAUUUGCAUGUGCAGGUGAGCACAUCAAUGCAGUUUGAAUAUUAUAACGAUGCAAAGCUCAGGUGUCAGAGCAGUUGUCGUCUUCCUGAUCAUCUGAACUACGUCUGGUACACGAAUCAACGGAAGAUGAGGAAGGAAGGAGCAACUUCUUCAGGUUAUUUUGAUUAUACAGACAGUGUUUCCUGUGCUGUUAAAGGACUCGAGGAUUUCUCAUCUACCUCAAUGUUGUUGAGUCAGAAUGGCUGGGGUGUGAGUUACACUUCUACUGAGAUCUGUGCCUUCAGAGGAUCAACAGUGGACAUUAACUGUAGCUACACAUACCCAUCCUGGUUGAAUGGCCGUGUUACUACAGUUCAGAAAACUUUCUGGUUUAUUCAAGAGAGUAAUGGGAUUCACGUUGAUCUAAAUACUGAUCCAGAGUAUUCAGGUCGUGUGGAGAAUCUCUGUGGAAACAACAAGUGCACUCUGAGAAUCUCUAACCUGAGAGAGAGCGACUCAGCUGUGUACAAGUUCAUGUUCACAACAAACCAACCUACUGGGAGUUUAAAUGGUUCAGCUGGAGUCACUCUGAAUGUCACAGACCCUCAGCUCCAGGUACAUGUGAGGAGAUCAACAGCCAAUCAAUCUUCUACCUGGACAGAGCUGACCUGUCACAGCAGCUGUAAGCUCCCUGAUCAUCUUUCCUACGUUUGGUACAAUAACAAUAAACCUGUUGGACGAAAAAAAUACUUUCAGUUCCGACACUUUAAUCCUGAAGACAGCUAUCACUGUGCUAUAGAAGGACAGGAGCGUUUCCCUUCUCCUACAUUGUACUAUCCUUCAGACGCUCCAAAGCCUCCCACUGUGUCAGUGAGUCCCUCUGGUGAGAUCAUGGAGGGCAGCUCAGUGACUCUGACCUGCAGCAGUGAUGCUAACCCAGCAGCUCACUACACCUGGUACAAGAGAAGUGGAGAUAAACAAGUUCAACGUCUCUGUGAAGAGACACAAUUUGUCCUCAGCUCCAUCCGGUCUUCAGACUCUGGAGAGUUUUACUGCACAGCUGAGAAUGAGCUGGGAAGGAGUUCAGCAAACAUCUUUAUUACUGUGACAUAUGCUCCAAAGCCUCCCUCUGUGUCAGUGAGUCCCUCUGGUGAGAUCAUGGAGGGCAGCUCGGUGACUCUGACCUGCAGCAGUGAUGCUAACCCAGCAGCUAAAUACACCUGGUACAAGGAGGACGAGGACUCACCAACAGCAUCAGGACAAAACGUCAUCAUCACUGAUAUCACAGCUGAACAUGGUGGAAAGUAUCAGUGUGAGGCCCAGAACACACAAGGACGUAGUAACACCACCUUACAUCUGACUGUUGGAGCAGGGAAGUCAGUGAUAAUCAUGAAUACCAUCAGGUACACUCUGGUGGUCAUGCUGGUUCCAGUGCUUGUCUGGAUUCUGUGGACGAGGAUGAAGAAAACUCUAAGUAUGAAAUCAGAAGUGAAUGAAGCUGUGGAGAUGAUAGAGUUAGACAACUGUCCUGAGUAUGAGAACAACGCUGCUGCAGCACAGACAGAAGACACAGAGGAGCAGGAAGACCUGGUGUGAAGCAUCAGGUCAGAGCCACUGUGACAAACACAACCAAGAUGGACGACUUCAGAGAACAUCCGUACAAGAUAGUUUUACAGAAACCAUAGUGUGUAGUUAUUAAAUACAGGAAAUCUGUCCAAGCAGCAAAAUAUCUGAGUGCAAGCGCAGAGUUUGAGCACAAGCAGAACAAAUCUAAACACCAGCAGGAGCUGUGUGAGUGCAAGAUCAGGGUUUUGAGUAAAAACACCACGAAAUCUGAACGUGCAAGUCCAGCUCUCAAACUAAAAGACCAUGCUUUAGAAUGAAGAGGAAAACCAAAGUAUAUUUCCUUUCUACUUAUGGUUUCCUGUUUUCUUUUCACCUCAGGUGCACUGUGAUUGGUUGAUGAAAGUAUGCAAGAGGGAACAGGAAGUAUCUGUCUUUCCAUCCCCGGUUGCAGCAGCAGCAGUUUGUACAGCAUGACCUUCAGAUCAAGAGUAUUGUUGUGUUGUUUCUUUUCUUUUUCUUUUCUGAUGGGUCCAGUCGUCCAGUUUUCGCAGCUUUAUUUCUGUGAGCUUUAGUUCUGAUGUUGGUUUAGGUUGAAGGAAGAUUCUCAGAUCCUACGACCCUUUGUGGGUUGGUGUGUUAGGUUUUCCUACUUUUCUCAAUUUCGCCGGCCUGUUGUUGAAUUUUUUUUUUUUUUUCUGCAAUAAAUUUAAAUUUUUUUGCUGUUACCCUCUGAACUAUGUUGGACGUCUUGGCGAUCAAACUUUGAGGCUGUGGUAACACCACGUGACUCAUGUUGUGUCUUAUAUGUGAUAUUAAUGUGGUUAUUACAUGGAUAAUGAAUUAUUAUGUAUCGUGAUUUAUUGAUUCUUUCUUAAAUAAAUGUUUUGGUCUUUUGUUUUCACUCCUUA